UAAAGCUCUGUAGUAUGGAACCUAAUGGUCUAAACAGUUACAUUUGUACUUAAUGUUUGUACUCGUGCUGCUCUGACUGAAGAAGCCGGACUGUAACCCUGUCAUUUUGUACUCGUGCUGCUCUGACUGAAGAAGCCGGACUGUAACCCUGUCAUUUUGUACUCGUGCUGCUUUGAAUGCAGGAAACCGGACUGAAAGUCUUGGUUGUGACACCAUAAACAUCAAUGUGAGCAUCACCAUGCUUUAUCUCACGCACGUUGUGUGGAUUCUUCUUUCAACAGUUCUAUUGAUCCCAGGAUGUAACUCUGAGCUCAUCACAGGGAUUUUACAAGAGGAAGUCCUGCUGCCCUGUGUUGUUACAUACGAAGAAGACUUCUCAUAUGAUGACCUGGUUGUUUUAUGGAACCAUGAAGAGUUUAAUGUCCAUCAUUUUUUUGAAGGAAAGUUUCAAGCAGAUCACCAGGCUAAACAAUUUCAGGGGAGAACACAGCUCUUCCCUAAAGAGUUUCUCAAAGGGAACUUGUCACUUCUUCUUAAGGACUUACGUCUAUCUGAUGCUGGUAGCUACACAUGUAAUGGACAUUUAACCAAACUUACUAGAUACAGUUUUAGGGAAAUAGAACUUGUGAUCCAAGCAAGAUAUGGAAACGAAUGUAAUGAAAGCUCUGCAUUGAUCCCCUCUUUGACAAUAGCUUUUGGGUGUCUUGUUAUUUUUAUACUUAUUGUGCUGUUCAGAAGAAAGAAGAGAAGCAGAGGGACAGAAGGAAUGACACCUAAAGACCAGUCACCUAAAGGAAAAAAAGAAUAAAAUACAGCGAUUCUUCAACAAAAUAUCACCAGAACUUGAAUCUACAUUAUUAAUGAUAAGGAAUUCUGUUUUCUAAACUUGUGUCUUUUAUUUGUUAAAUCUGAAUUUUGCUUAAUUUAAUGUACUAUGUUGUAGAAUCUCUUUGGAUACAUUUCUUUGAUUCUGUAGAUCUAUUUACUUAUUGGAGCUGUAAUGAGUGACUUCUGUUUAAGACAAGUACUGUGUUUAUAUGCGCUGUAACCUGCAGACACAACGAAACGCGGUAAUGAGUUAUAUAUAUGCACUAUAUUACAUGCAGGCACAGCAAAACACGUUAAUGAGUUAUGUAUAUGCGCUGUAUCACAAGCAGACACAGCAAAACGCGUUAGUGAGUUAUGUAUAUGCGCUGUAUCUCAUGCAGACACAGUGAAACGCGAUAAUGAGUUAUGUAUAUGCGCUGUAUCACAUUCAGACACAGCAAAACGCGUUAAGGAGUUAUGUAUAUGUGGUGUAUCACAUGCAGACACAGCAAAACGCUUUAUUGAGUUAUGUAUAUGCGCUAUAUUACAUGCAGGCACAGCAAAAUGCGUUAAUGAGUUAUGUAUAUGUGCUGUAUCACAUGCAGACACAGCAAAAUGCGUUAAUGAGUUAUGUAUAUGCGCUGUAUCACAUGCAGACACAGCAAAACGCGUUAAUGAGUUAUGUAUAUGCGCUAUAUCACAUGCAGAUAUAGCAAAAUGCGUUAAUGAGUUCUCACUGAGAACCCAAUGAUUAAAAACUCACCAGCAUGAAGUGAAGCCAUUCAAAAUCUUUGGGGUUUUUUUGUAGACCUUAUAUUGUAGUGUUGGUGUCUCUACUUCACAUCCAGGGUACUGAAAAGCAAGAUAAACAUCUCUCAAUCCAA